AUGACCUCCCAGGGUGGCACCGACGCGCCAGCCCCGGCGCCGCACGUCAAUUCCGUCGCGGUCCGACUCCCUGCAUUCUGGCCCGCCAAUCCCUCAGUGUGGUUCUUGCAGGCAGAAUGCCAAUUUCAGCUCGCCGGGAUCUCCACACAGCCUACGAAAUUCAGGCACGUCGUAUCCGUCCUUCCGCCCGAAGUCGCUUCCGACGUCGCGGACGUCCUGAUGGCCCCAAUGGGCGAAACACCGUACGACACCCUCAAAUCUGCUCUUAUUGAACGUACUAUGGCCUCCAAACGACGCAGAUACCAACAAUUGCUGUCUGCUGAAGACCUGGGCGACCGCCGCCCAUCGCAGUUCCUACGACAUCUUCAAGGCUUGCUAGGCGACCGGGCCUCGUCCUUCGAUGAACGCUUACUCAAGGAAUUGUUCCUCCAGCGACUCCCUACCACCGUACAGAUGAUUCUUGCCACGGCCACCAACCUUUCGCUUUCGGAACUCUCCCUACACGCUGACAAGAUCAUGGAGGUGGCACCGCCGCCUGUUUGCGCCGUCGCCUCACACCACUCUGCCUCCCAGCACCAUCCAGCGGAAUCUAGCGUCCCCGCCGUUUCCCAGACCAUCCCUGCCUCAGAACUUUCACCCUUGACGGCAGACAUUCAGUCCUUAGCGGAGGCAGUGGCUUCUUUGCGCCAGUUCCAGCCCACCCCCGCUGCGUCCCACCGCCCCUCCUUCUCUCGCCGCGACGGAAGGCGCCCACGCUCCCGCUCGCCUCGUACGGACAACAGUCGCCGCAGGCAUCCGACACCUUCGCCAGCCCCUCCGAACCUGACCACCUUUUGCUGGUACCAUUGGUCGUUCGGGGCACACGCUCGUAACUGCACCCCACCCUGCACGUGGCCGGGAAACCAGCCUGGGGACCGCUAG